UUAAAUACGACAAAAAUAAUGGUUUAAUCAUAGUUAAAGAGUAACACGAAGUGUACAUGAUAUUUAAGAUUUUUAUCAUUGUUUUUUCACGAGUUUAUAACUAAAUCCGCAAUAAAUAUCCCGUAAUUCUUAAUCUACGCGAUUAUUAUAAUUUAAAUAGCGAGCAACAUGACCAUGGUAGAUGUGUGUUGUCGUUGGAUGGUUACCUCAAACAUUCUCUUUAAAAAAAUGGGAAAACAAUUCAAAUCAAAGGAAUUUGGUUGUCGGUGAUCCGGUGGACGGCUGAGAUCAAUCAACCUCAACGAAUCGACGGUUGGAAAAUGCUUACCAGCUCUCCCGCACAACGGCGCGCGGCAAGCGAACAAGGGGCAGGAUCUUAAUACCCUCGAAUUAAACCGCAAAAAGCCAACGGAAGAAACAGAUAUCAGCCAGCCCGCGUAUUUUUCCCUUCUUUCUUUCUCUUCCUUUCCCACCCUUCUUUCCUGUCUUCUGGUGUCGGCGAUUCGGCAUAAACCCGAACCCUCUCGAAUUUCCGAUCCAGGAGGCUACCUGCGGGGUUCGGAGCUGCCAAAGAUCCAAUUUUUCGCAUUAAAAUCAGGGUUUCCGCUGCCUAAAUCGGGGGUCUCAUUGACUCCAUGAUUCAUACUUAACAAUUGUAUUGAGAGUUCGAAACUAAUAAGAGCUUCCAGCAUCCGCCGCCGGACGGUCACCGGCUCUGCAGAAAGCUGGAAAAUUGGAGAGCCGCCGGAAAAUUCAAAACCUGGGGUUUUCGGGAUUUGCAUUUUGGAGCGAACCCUUUUGUCCGCUCGCCAUUCUGCUUCUCCCCCAUUCAGUGUUGUGGUUCCAUUUUUCCUUUCCUGGGUUGCAUUAGAUCCAGAUCUAGGAAGAUGGGGAAAAAGGGCGGGUGCGGCUUCGUCGGGUGGUUGAUGGUGUUAGUGAUAUUGGCAUUGCUCGGCGUAGGGAUCUUCUUAGUAGUGAGGCACAAAAUGAACAAAUCCGACGACGACGGCGAUUCGAUUCCGGGGCCGCCGGGAGCUAUCCAGAAGAAGUAUUCCGACGCUCUCAAUGUCGCAGUCCAGUUCUUCGAUGUCCAGAAAGCUGGGAAAUUGAACGAGGACAAGAUAACUUGGAGGGGCGAUUCAGCGCUAGAAGAUGGCAGGACUGUGAAGCUCGACUUAUCGAAAGGAAUGUACGAUGCUGGAGACCACAUGAAGUUCGGAUUCCCCAUGGCAUUCACUGCCACUGUUCUGUCUUGGUCAAUCUUGGAGUAUGGUGAUCAGAUGGAGGCAGUGAAUCAACUUGGAACUGCUCAAGAUUCCCUCAAGUGGAUCACUGAUUUCCUCAUCCAUGCUCACCCUUCAGAUAAUGUGCUCUAUGUUCAGGUGGGUGAUCCUGUAUCAGAUCACAAGUGUUGGGAUAGGCCAGAGGAUAUGACCGAGAAGAGACCGGUUUUUCAAGUGAACGCGAGUUCUCCUGGGUCGGAUGUUGCAGCUGAGGCUGCAGCAGCUUUGGCCUCAGCAUCUCUGGUGUUCAAGAAGAAAGAUUCGGACUACUCAUCCACAUUGCUUAAGCAUGCCAAGCAGUUGUUUAGUUUUGCGGAUAAGUAUAGAGGUUCAUAUUGCGAUAGCAUACCAGGAUCUGCUACUUACUACAACUCCACAGGCUAUGGAGAUGAGCUGUUAUGGGCAGCUUCAUGGCUGUACCAUGCCACAGGGGAUCGGUCUUACCUUCAGUAUGUGACUGGAUCGAAUGGGAAUGAUUUUGCAGAUUUUGGGAACCCUAGUUGGUUCAGUUGGGACAAUAAGCUGCCAGGAAUCCAGGUUUUGCUGGCGAGAUUGACAUUCUUGGGUGAGAAAGAUACCUCGAACUCUGGGCUUCAACAGUAUAGGGAGACGGCCGAGGCAGUGAUGUGUGGGCUUAUUCCUGAUUCUCCCACAGCUACUUCCAGCAGAACAGACGGUGGUCUGGUAUGGGUGAGCGACUGGAAUGCCCUGCAGCAACCUGUUGCUGCAGCAUUCUUAGCAUCUGUGUACAGUGACUACUUGCGGACAUCAGGGAAAAGACAGUUUUCUUGCAGUGGAAGUACAUUCAAAUCAUCAGACCUCAAGAAAUUCGCUAGAUCCCAGGCUGAUUACGUUCUAGGCGACAACCCAAUGAAGCUGAGCUAUCUAGUUGGGUAUGGGGACAAGUACCCGCAAUUCGUGCACCACAGGGGAGCUUCGAUCCCCGCUGAUGCAUCCACAGGCUGCAGCGACGGCUGGAAAUGGCUCUCGUCAACAGACCCCAACCCGAACGUGGCCAUGGGAGCACUAGUUGGCGGACCAUUCAAGAACGACUCGUAUGUCGACGACAGAAACAACACAAUGCAGACCGAACCCAGUACUUACAACAGUGCCGCCAUGGUUGGGCUGCUCUCUGGCCUUGUCGCCACUUCGUCAGUCGUCCAGUCCUUUAACUGAGACAAAAAGAACAAACUCAGCAAUGCAAUUCGUUGAUUUGUUAAAAAAAAGAGGCUUGUGUGCUUUGUGAAAGGAUACUUGUUGUAGGAUGUGUUAGAUUGAAUUGUACUAUUGUGCAUUGGCUCCAUUGCUCAUAUAACCCCAGCUUGCUUCAUUGCAUCUGCCGGUCCAAGGCUCGAAAUUUUGGGUUAGCCACAUCUUUCUUAUCAAUGUUUUGUUCACAUAAAACCAAAUCGAUUUCUGAUUCAUGUUGGAUUUUGGAAGGUGAGACUGAGAGCAACUGUAAUGGGGGCUUUCUGUUAGUGUUUCUCGCAGGCAACUCCCUUUGUGCAAACUGUGUUAGCCAUGGAAGCUGAGAGUGCACUUAGUUGACUUGCCUUAUGCCCCCUUACUGUGCCAAACAUGGCCAAUUACCCCACGUGUGAGCGCUAACGAGAUACAAAGGGAAGGGACUGCAACAAAAUAGUGAAAAAUCACAUCCUAUGUAUCUGCUAAUCCUAAGACCUCAUCCAGAACAACUGCAACCCACCAAAACCCACACUGUCGCCAAAAACAUUGGCCUUGCUUUUACUAACUCGCCAAUGUCGCCCUGAUUGAUUGGGUCUCAAAAUCCAAUUACAAGGGUGUUGGUGUUGAUGUUGGAGUAAGGGUAAGGGUAAGUUUGGGAGGACGUCUUCUAGCAAAGGACAUGUGUGGCCUUCUCUGCCUUGGAACAGAUGGUUCUUCAGUCCCUCGAUAGUGAAAAUUCUGAGCUCAUUAGGGCAAGUGUCCAUUUGGGGUGAAAAUCAGUAGUGAGUUGAUGGGCUCUGCCUCUGCCUCUGACAUUCGAGUUGAAAGAGAUGAGGGUGGGGAGGCAGGGGACAUGUAUGAAGGGUUGUGGUGUGUAGUCUUAUCCACCUCCCAACAUUCAUCAAUUUGCAUCCUUGAACUCAAUUUUGAUGGUCCAUAUUAAGGCUCAUAUUGCUACAUUGAUGAAAUAGUGAGUGGUUUGGUUCAGUUUGGUUUGAUUCAUUGAAGAAAAAAUCAUUACAAAUAAAAACUCAAAGUAGUCAAUUGUCGAAAACCAAAAUCGAUAAGCCUUCAGUGGAUUUGGUUUCGGUCAGAAUAAAAGGAGGAGACUCAUAAACACCGCUUCCCGCUAAUCUCCUCGAGACCAGAUUAAAACAUCUAUCAAAAUCAAGAAUAACAAUCCAUAUAGACGUAUCAGUCCCAACAAUAAGCAUUUUUUUCCAUGAAUUUCAGACAUCGUAUCAUUCGUUACUGCUGUUUGAUUGCCUCAAGGCUUUUCAUGUUGUUAUCGUUUUAUUAAUGAUUUUCAAUAUAAUCAAAUUCGAAAU